AUGAUGAUUAAUUCUCAAUUUGUCAUGAACAGGUCGCUAUCCAUUUUGGGGGUAUUGAACAGAUCAAUGGCAAUUCCAAAACGUAUGGUUAACUUACAAAGAAGUGUUGCUGUUUCUAAUGGGUUCAGAUUUAGUAGAGGGUAUGCUAGUGAUAUUCCUAAGGGUAAGAUUGAUCUUUCCAAGUUGAGUAGAGAAGAUAUUAGAAAAUUACGUGAUUUUAAGAUGGCUGAAGAAAGAAAAUUUAAGGAUAGAACAGUUGCUUAUUACUUUACCAGUGUUGCUGUUAUCUUUCUAGGGUUAGCAUAUGCAUCAGUACCGUUGUAUAGAGCUAUUUGUGCUCGUACAGGUUGGGGUGGUAUUCCGAUUACUGAUAGACGUAAAUUUACCGAUGAUAAAAUGGUUCCUGUUGAUACAAAUAAAAGAAUUAGAAUUGCAUUUACAAGUGAAGUUUCUCAAAUUUUACCAUGGAAAUUUUAUCCCCAACAACGUGAAGUAUACGUUUUACCAGGUGAAACUGCUUUAGCAUUUUAUAAGGCUAAGAAUAACAGCGACAAAGAUAUUAUUGGUAUGGCUACAUAUAGUAUAUCACCUGGUGAAGCAUCUCCUUAUUUCAAUAAGAUUCAAUGUUUUUGCUUUGAAGAGCAAAAAUUAGGUGCAGGUGAAGAGGUCGAUAUGCCAGUCUUCUUCUUCAUUGAUCCGGAUUUUGCCACAGAUCCUGCCAUGAGAAAUGUCGAUGAUAUCAUUUUACAUUAUACAUUCUUCAAAGCACAUUAUUCAGAUGGACGUGCCGCUAGUGCAGACGCCAAAAAUUUGCAAGACGAUGAAAUGGGGAACGUUAAAUUACUUACACCAGAAGUUGUGGAUACAACAAAUUAA